AUGAUAAAACAAACAAAAUUGGCCAUUUUAAGUGUUUAUGAUAAAACAGGACUUUUAGAUCUUGUUAAAGAAUUAGUACAGCAUAAUGUCAAAUUAUUGGGUACAGGUGGUACAUCGAAAAUGGUACGCGAAGCAGGAUAUGAUAUUAGUGAAAUAAGCUCAGUAACCAAUGAACCAGAAAUUCUUGGAGGACGAGUAAAAACACUUCACCCAUCUAUACAUGGAGGCAUUCUUGCACGUGAUCUUGAUUCAGACAAAAAAGAAUUAGAAUAUCUUAAUAUUAAUAAAAUCGACUAUGUUAUAUGUAACUUGUAUCCGUUUAAGGAAACAAUUUCGAAAGAAAACGUGACAAUUGAAAAAGCAGUAGAAGAAAUUGACAUUGGUGGAGUAACGUUACUCAGAGCGGCAGCUAAAAAUCAUAUUAGAGUUACAGUAUUAAGUGACCCACAUGAUUACCACUACUUCAUAGAGGAAUUGAAAAAAGGAAAAAUUUCUCAAAAAUCUCGUAAUAAAUUUGCAUUAAAGGCCUUUUCUUAUACAUCAGAAUACGAUACUGCUAUUUUUGAUUAUUUUAGAAAACAGUAUGCAUCUAGUCAGAUGCAAUUAUCUCUUCGCUAUGGAACAAACCCAUAUCAAACACAUGCUCAAGCAUUUGUUCAAUCCGGGAACAUCCCUUUUAAAGUGCUUUGUGGAUCUCCAGGAUAUAUAAAUCUUCUUGAUGCAUUAAAUUCAUGGCCUCUUGUAAAAGAAAUGAAUGAGGCCCUUAAUUUACCAGCAGCAGCAUCAUUUAAACAUGUGUCUCCUGCGGGAGCUGCUGUAGGUCUAAUGCUUUCUGAGAUAGAAAAAAAAGUAUAUUUUGUUGAAGAUAUACCAAAUCUGUCAUCUUUAGCAUGCGCUUAUGCUCGAGCAAGGGGAGCAGAUAGAAUGAGUAGUUUUGGAGACUGGAUUGCUUUAUCAAACAAAGUGGAUUUACCAACAGCCAAAAUAAUUUCUAGAGAAGUGUCCGAUGGAAUUAUUGCACCAGGUUAUGAAGAAGAAGCCUUAGAAAUUCUUAAAAAAAAAAAGAAUGGAAAAUAUUGUAUAUUGCAAAUGGACAAUGAUUACGAGCCCCCAUCAAUUGAAACUCGUCAAGUUUAUGGAAUAUCAUUACAACAGCACCGUAAUAAUAUUAAAAUUAACAAUCAAACAUUUAAAAAUAUUAUAAGCAAGAACAAAAUACUCCCUAAAGAAGCUCUAGUUGAUUUGGUUGUUGCUACAAUUACUUUAAAGUAUACUCAAAGUAAUUCAGUUAGUUAUGCGAAAAAUGGAAUGAUUAUAGGUUUGGGUGCAGGCCAACAAAGUAGAAUCCAUUGCAGCAGAUUAGCAGGAGCUAAAGUUGAGAACUGGUGGCUAAGACACCAUCCUAAAAUUCUUAAAUUUGAUUUUCUUUCACAUAUAAAACGUCCAGAAAAAUCAAAUGCUAUAGAUCUUUAUAUUCUAAAUAAAAUUCCAAAUUCUGGAUUAGAAAAAAAACAAUGGGAAUCAUUAUUUGCAACAAUACCAGAACCAUUAUUAGACAAAGAAAAAUCAGAAUUUAUGGAAAAACUAACCAAUAUUACAUGUGCAAGUGACGGUUUCUUCCCAUUUCCAGAUAAUAUCAGUGAACUUGCUAAACAUAACGUCAGGUAUGUAAGCGCACCUACUGGUAGCAUUAAAGAUAAGGAAAUACUUGAAACAGCAAACGAGUUCGGGAUGGUUUUCAUUGACACAAAUCUUCGGCUUUUCCAUCAUUAA